CCCUCCCCCACAAGGGGGCAUGUCCUAGCAGAAACCCCCAUUCAGAUGGCGCUGCUGCGGCUUAAAGAGCCUUAGAGGCUGGCAGAGAGGGAGGAAGUGCCAGGAUAUACUGCAGAGGCAGUGUCGCGAUGGGGAACACGCAGGAGAAAUCCCCCUUUAGUGGGGGAGGGGAAUCCAGACUGGAUCGGACUGCAGCCGAGAAUAGGAGCAAAUGCACGGAAGGGAAGGAUCAAAGUGCUCCAGGCAAAGCGGUGGCCAAUGGGACUGGGAGCAUCCCAGCCACGGUUGGAGAGGAGCCCAGUUAUCUGGACCACCCUGACGGGUCUCUCCCGCCCCACCUGGCACGGAUUAAGAAUGAGGGCAAUCAACUCUUCAAGCACGGCCAGUUUGGGGAUGCGUUGGACAAGUACAGCCAGGCUAUUGAGGGUUGUGCUGAAGCAGGUAUCAGCAGCCCGCAGGACUUGUGCAUCCUCUACUCCAACAGAGCCGCCUGCUACCUUAAAGACGGCAACAGCACCGACUGCAUCCAAGACUGCACCAAGGCCUUGGAUCUGCAGCCUUACUCCUUGAAGCCCCUGCUGCGUAGAGCCAUGGCAUAUGAGUCGUUGGAGCGCUAUAGAAAUGCUUACGUGGAUUAUAAGACCGUGCUGCAGAUAGACACUGGGGUGCAGGCAGCCCACGACAGUGUGCACAGGAUCACAAGGAUGCUAAUUGAGCAGGACGGGAUGGUGUGGAGGGAGAAGCUUCCCGAGAUUCCUGUGGUGCCGUUGUCGGUGCAGCAGGAACAUUGGGAGAAGCCCGUCAGCAUGGAGCAGGAGCGGGCACGGGCAGCCAGGGUGGCACAGGACGAAGUCAGACGAAAGGAAGCCCGCGUCAGUCUCCUCAAACAGGAAGGCAACGACCUGGUCAAGAGGGGUCACUUCCACGACGCAAUGCACAAGUACACCGAAUGUAUCGCCAUCAAACACGACGACUGCGCCCUCUACACAAACAGAGCCAUUAGUCUGCUAAAGCUGAGUCGCUUCCAAGAGGCCAAGCAGGACUGUAACGCUGCCCUCCUCUUGGAGCCAACUAACAAGAAGGCCUUCUACAGACGAGCUCUGGCUCAUAAGGGUCUACAGGACUACUUGUCGGCUAGUAGUGACCUCCAGGAGGUCCUAGAGCUAGACCCCAACGUCAGAGAGGCCGAGGCGGAGCUUCUUGUGGUGACCAGCCUGCUGAGAAAGAGCCUCAUGGACGACAGGCCUCUUCAAAUGUGAUGGAUCCUGAUCUCGGAGAUAAUCGCUUCGUUCUGGAAUGUUCCAAAGCCUCCCUCCUUCCAUGCAGAAGGUGGAGACCGGCUCAGAAAUCAUAAGGUCUGGUGCAAAAACAAGAAGUGGUUUGAGUGUGCCUUACUGAGAUUUCAAACCACUCUUAUGAUGCAAAAGGCCAAGUUUCAUUGUGGUGAAAAGAGCUUUGUUUCCAAAGUUACCCAAAAAUAGUUUUCUGAUUAUAGACCAUUUCAUGUGAGCAUGACAACAUUUGUGUUAUAAACUGAUUUUAAUGUGUGCAAUGUACAAAACCCAAAACCAGUGAAGUUGGCACCUUGUGUAAUUCGUAAAUAAAAACAGAAUACGAUGAUUUUCAAAUCCUUUUCAACUUGUAUUCAAUUGAAUAGACUGAGAAUUUUUUUGUUGUUGCAAAUAAUCAUUAACUUUGAAUUUAAUGGCAGUAACACAUUGCAAAAAAGUUGGCAAAGGACCAUGUAACUUUGUUACAUGGCCUUUCCUUUUGACAACACUCAGUAAACAUUUGGGAAUGGAGGAGACCCAAUUUUUGAAGCUUUUUAGGUGGAAUUCUUUCCCAUUCUUGCUUCAACAGUCCAGGGUCUCCGUUGUCGUAUUUUAGGCUUCAUAUUGCACCACACAUUUUCAAUGGGAGACAGGUCUGGACUACAGGCAGGCCAGUCUAGUACCCGCACGCUGUUGUAAGACGUGGCUUGGCAUUGUCUUGCUGAAAUAAGCAGGGGCGUCCAUGAUAACGUUGCUUGGAUGGCAACAUACAGUAUGUUGCUUUCAGCAUAUUGGUGCCUUCACAGAUGUGUAAAUUACCCAUGCUUUGGGCACUAAUAUACCCCCAUAGCAUCACAGAUGCUGGCUUUUAAACUUGGCGCCAAGAACAAUCCGGAUGAUUCUUUUCCUCUUUGUUCCAGACGACAUGACGUCCACAGUUUCCAAAAACAAUUUGAAAUGUGGACUCGUCAGACUACAGAACACUUUUACACUUUGCAUCAGUCCAUCUUAGAUGAGCUCGGGCCCAGCGAAGCCAGCGGCGUUUCUGUGUGUUGUUGAUAAAUGGCUUUGGCUUUGCAUAGUAGUUUUAACUUGCACUUACAGAUGUAGCGACGAACUGUAGUUACUGACGGUGGUUUUCUGAAGUGUUCCUGAGCCCAUGUGUUGAUAUCCUUAACACACUGUCAGUUUUUGAUGCAGUACCGCCUGAGAGAUCGAAGGGCACGGGCAUUUAAUGUUGGUUUCCGCUUACGUACAGUGAUUUCUCCAGAUUCUCUGAACCUUUUGAUGGUAUUGCGGACCGUAGAUGGUGAAUGUGGAGGUUGCCAUCCCGUGGGUCCUCCAGACCACCAAGCAUUGCCAUGAGAGCCCGGAUCAGGGGUAAAUAAAUAAAUAAAUGAUAAAUGGGUUGUACUUGUAUAGCGCUUUUCUACCUUCAAGGUACUCAAAGCGCUUUGACACUACUUCCACAUUUACCCAUUCACACACACAUUCACACACUGAUGGAGGGAGCUGCCAUGCAAGGCGCUAACCAGCACCCAUCAGGAGCAAGGGUGAAGUGUCUUGCUCAGGACACAACGGACAUGACGAGGUUGGUACUAGGUGGGGAUUGAACCAGGGACCCUCGGGUCGCGCACGGCCACUCUUCCACUGCGCCACGCCGUCCAAGUCUUUAUUUUUAAUAGUGUCCUCAGGUUGCUUUCCAGCAAUUAUCUGUGUGUCUUCCUUUCCCUAUGAGUCUGUGCUCUCGCUCUCGCUCCAGCUCCAACAACAUCUCUCCUCCCGGCUGCUGCUUAUACAGGGCGAAAGUUGAUUAAAUAACAAGGCCCACCUGGGCCAUCUACGCACCUGUCGCUGACUUCGAGGCCGGUCCUGGCACACCCAGUUUCGCUGCAGGCCCGCAGGCCACGCUCCCCUCCACAGUGAAAUCCCUAAAUUCCUUGCAAUAGCUCGUUGAGAAAUGUUGUUCUUUAACUGUUUGACAAUUUGGUCAUGCAUUUGUUCACAAAGUGGUGACCCUCGCCCAAUCCUUGUUUGUGAAUGACUAAGCAUUUCAUGGAAGCUGCUUUUAUACCCAAUCAUGGCACCCACCUGUUCCCAAUUAGCCUGUUCACCUGUGGGAUUUUCCAAAUAAGUGUUUGAGCAUUCCUCAACAUUCUCAGUCUUUUUUGCCAUUGUGCCAGCUUUUUUUAAAUAUGUUGCAGGCAUCAAAUUCCAAAUAAGAUAACAUUUGCAAAAAAUAAAGUUUACCAGUUCGAACGUUAAGUAUCUUUGCAGUCUAUUCAAUUGAAUAAAUGGACUAGCAAAAAUAUUCCGUUUUUAUUUAUGAUUUACACAACGUGACAACUUCACCGGUUUUGGGUUUGUAUGAUUUUUCUAAAAAGUAGCACAUCAUUCCAUUGUGCCCCGGUUUUGGGUUUGCAUGAUUUUUCUAAAAAGUAGCACAUCAUUCCAUUCUGCCACACUACUGUUCAAUCUCUUCAUUAGGCUUUAUUGUAUUGUGUGUAUAUUUCAUGUGUGUACUAUGGCUGUCAAAGUUAUCAUUAAUCACAGAAAAUGAUGGCAUGAAUCUAAUAUGAAAAGGCAGAUUGACUAAUAACUACGCAAUUUAUUUAGACCGCACCUGCCCAUUUACCAAAACAGUGGAUGGUUACCUGAAAGUUGCUGGGGUUAUUAUACGGUCUGAUCAGGUCAAUACAUAAUGAGUGAGGAGACUGCAACUGAUGAUAAAAUACUAGCACUUGAGACAAAAACUAUCUAAUUUGCAUCUAUUGUAGAAAUGAAUUAUCUUUUCACCGAAGCACAAGUUUAAAAUGCUAUUUUAAAGCAAAACACAUUUUUAAGGCAGAUGCGAGCAAUAAUGCUAUUGGCACAUCAACAACAAGCUACGAUAGUGGCAAUGUUAUAAACAGUGCUCAAAGCUUGGGCAGCUACUGUGAUUAAUCAAAAUUCCACAGUGUGAUUAAUCUGAUUUUAAACACACUAGUGCUGUCAAACAAUACCGAUGUUGAAGUUUCAAUUCAAUACAGACCGACACCUCUGAGUUGAAAUUUUAUGAUUGUGGAAUAAUUUUGUUAUGAGUGCAAAUUAAUAACAAAAUAACAAUGUAACUGAAAUAUAAAUGUUUUGUAGCGAAUCAUUAGAACAAAAGUUAUGAUUUGUGAACCCUAUGGUUUAUGCACACAAAAUACUUGAAGCGCAUGUAGAGUACAGGUUUUAAAGGACAUUCCCACAUCAAAAACUGAGUUUUUAUGAGUGUUUAGGUUCCAUA